AUGUCAUAUCGAAUGCCCGAUCGCACGGGUUCGAAGCGAAGUCGGUCUCGAUCGCCCUCCUCUCGCCAUUCCCAAAAAGCCCCGCGCAGAUAUGACGAAACGGAUCGGUAUCGCGAUAGAAGAGACGGAGAUGAACGGUCGUCACAAGGCCGACCUCGGAACAUGAGGGACCAGGUCCGGCUCAAUCAGCUUCAGGAAGACGAGCAAGUGCGUGAAUGGGUGGCGCAAGAGGACAUUUUCGUUCUCAAGCAGGCAAAGAAGAAGGCAGAGAUCAGAGUGAAGGAAGGUCGAGCAAAGCCCAUUGACUGGCUCACUGUCACACUACGGGUGAUUGAUCCAACGAGGAAUCCCUUGGACGAUGAAAUUGCGGACUCGGAGCUCGACGUAGUAGAUCCGGAUGGUGUAUUUGAGGGACUAUCCCAGGACCAGCUACUCGAUUUGGAAAAGGAUAUCGACACUUUCUUGAGUCUUGAGAAGAACUCGCAAAAUAGGGAUUUCUGGAAGACCAUGAAAGUGAUUUGUCGAGACCGUCAGAAGACCACCGCCCCCGAAGGACGUGCGCUUAGCUCUGUGGCCGCAGAUAUAAACAGAUUGUUGAGCCCUAAGUCUUACGAACAGCUACAAACACUCGAAAUACAGGUCAGGAAAAAGCUGGACUCAAACGAGCCCAUCGAUACCGACUACUGGGAGGAGCUUCUGCGCAGCCUUACUGUCUGGAAGGCUCGGGCGAAGCUGAAGAAGGUUUACCAAGCUGUUAUAGACGAGAGAGUUCGAGGAUUGCGGAAACAGCAGUCUGAAGAAGCUGCAUCUGUGCAGGCGAAGCUGGCCCCUCUGGCGCCAAUUAUCCAAGCAGCCUCAGAUGCGGUCGAUAGCGGAGAAUUUCGUGAACUCGACCCUGACCCAUUGCUUCAGAUCCGACCAGAAGAUAAGGUCUUGGAGAUAGUGGACGAAGAUGCAUUCCUUAACCAAGUGGCCCGCGACCGACAGAAGAUUUUGAAGAUGGGCUAUGUUCCUCUCCGUCAACGGCAGGCAGAAAAGCCAUCGGUGCUUCCCAUCAAUCAAGCAACGACCGCUCCAAUCGCCACAGCCUCGACGCGAUUUUCCUCGAUUCCCAACGAAGACUUCUCGCAGGCAACCAAGGCGCUCUAUGAGCGAGAGUUGGCCAAGGGAGUCAGUGAAAACGAGGAGAUCUUUACCGGCGAGGAAGCUGUAAGCACAACUUCCCAGCCAGGAUGGGCGAGCAAACACCGGCCCCGCAAACCACGCUACUUUAACCGUGUUCAAAUGGGUUAUGAGUGGAACAAAUACAAUCAGACUCACUAUGACCAUGAUAAUCCGCCACCCAAAGUCGUGCAAGGGUACAAGUUCAAUAUCUUCUACCCUGAUUUGAUCGACAAGACAAAAGCACCGACCUACCGCAUUGAACGAGAGCAUGGACGAAAGCGGGGACAAUCCUUUGCAGCGGCUGGGGAGGAGGAUACAUGUUUGAUUCGCUUUAUGGCCGGUCCACCGUACGAGGACAUUGCCUUUCGGAUCGUCGACAAGGAAUGGGAUUACAGUGCGAAGAGAGAAAGAGGGUUUAAGAGCACAUUCGACAAGGGAAUAUUGCAACUACACUUCCAAUUCAAACGAAUCUACUACCGGAAGUAA